GUCUCUUCUUUUCAUCUGACUGCCAAACUCAAAGCAAAGUCCCCUUCUUCCCUUCUCUUGCAACGCCAGAUUCAGAUUCUUCCUUCUUCUUGAGCUUGCUUGCUACUUCUUGGUGAUUCAAUGGCGUCGUUCAAUGAAGCUCCCCCCGGCGAUGCCAAGUCCGGCGAGAAGAUCUUCAAGACUAAGUGCGCGCAGUGCCACACCGUCGAUAAAGGCGCCGGCCACAAACAAGGUCCAAACUUGAAUGGCCUCUUUGGAAGGCAAUCUGGGACUACUCCUGGUUAUUCUUACUCGGCGGCAAAUAAGAACAUGGCUGUAAUCUGGGAAGAAAAGACACUUUACGACUACUUGUUGAAUCCUAAGAAGUACAUUCCUGGAACCAAGAUGGUCUUCCCUGGAUUGAAAAAACCUCAAGAUCGUGCUGAUUUAAUUGCUUAUCUCAAGGAUUCUACUGCUUGAUCACAUUUAUCUGAAGAGAGCAUGUCACAUUUUUCUACCUUUUGAAGGUAUACUUACUCAUUUGUUUGUCCCGUAGGGAAGUUUCUUCAGGCAAACAAUAGCAACUAGUACUUGAAGAAAUAAGAUUGCCGUAUUCAUUUACAUGCCCCGCUGUUUAUUAAUACCAGCAGCUAGUAAUUUUGCUGCAUAAGAUGGCUCUGAUUUUCCCCUCAUUUAUUGAAUACAUGUUACAACAAUUUAAUAAAUCUCACCUUUUUCAUUGAUAA